GUUCAGCGCCUUAUCUGGGCGUUCACGCUCUUCACGAACAUCAUCUGGUGGGCACCGACUAUGAUCAAGGCUCGGUACACGUAUACUCCCAAACCUUUGGGCCAACUCAAGCUUGCUGAGAGGUAUUAUCGCGCUCCCGCACCGGGAGACAUGAGGACUCCCUGUCCCGGGUUAAACACGUUGGCGAACCAUGGGAUCAUCCACCGUAACGGCAAGAAGAUCAACCCGAUCGACCUCUUCCACGCCCUCCGCGACUACUAUUCCGCGGACUUCUUCACCUGCUUCUCCCUCCUCUCCGGUGCUCUCCAAGUCGGUCUCUCCGAUGACGGGUACACCCUCGACCUUGGCCGAAUCGGCCUCCACAACUUCAUCGAACACGAUGCUUCGAUUUCGCGCCCAGAUUCCGGAUGGGGAAAGCAGGAGUGUCCGGAUAUGGAAUUAGUGAAGAAGUUCUGUGAGUUUGGCCGUGGUGAGGGGGAGGGUAUGAUUGGGGUGAAGGAAAUUGCGAGGUUUAGGGUGAUGAGGGAGAGGGAGUGUCAAAGGCAUAAUCCCCAGUACGAGCUUUCUGGUCUUCACCCGUUCAUCACGCGUGGUGAGCCGGCGCUCAUCCUUGACGUUUUUGGUGAUGGGUAUGGGACGGAUAUCCAUGUCUCCACUACGAUCAUCGAGACUUGGAUGGGGAAGGAGACUUUCCCUGCUGGGUAUGUUCCG